AUGGACUUGAUACGACCCGUCGAAGAAAAGGUAAAAGCCGCGAGGAUGGGCUCGCGCCUGCAGAACCGCGCAUGCGACCAAUGUCGUCGUUCGAAAAGGAGAUGUGAUCUUGCCGAAGCGGGCGGGGACGGCUUGCCGAUUCAAUAUACAGGCCCUUGUAAGCUCUGCGUCCGCAAGAAUCUUCAAUGUACCACCCAUUGGAGUGAGCUACAGCAGUCGGUCAGCUCGAGCAGACAAGAGCUUCGCCAAAUCUCUCAGACCUCUGCGAGCUACUCGGCGCUUCAUUUCCAGCUUUCCUCGCAUCAAUAUUUGCCCGCAGGCCUCUCAUCCACCUCGAAGAAUAUGAGCGAUCAGAUCGAUGGUCUUUACAUCUCAACCAAGCAACUCUUCACCUACAUUGCGUCGUGGGAAUGGAUCUGGCAGCAUUUCCUCGGUUCGGGCGCCACACCAGCUGGCAUAGGUCUGGAUACGGUCAUCCAUCCUCGACGUGGUCUCCUCAGCGAUGCAGCCGCUCGCGCGUGGGACGACAUGAUGGCGGUCAACAACGUGUCGCAUCUCUCGCCCAACUUUUUCUACAGCACCUUUGUCUGCGAUGAACUGUAUCGGCCCACUGGCCGUUUCAGACACUCUUCAAAGAAAGCAGACGAGAUCUCCAUGCAAGCCCUCCAAUACGCUAUCAUUGCCUAUGCAAGUCAGUACGGCUCACAAGACCCGGGAGAAUGGCGUGGAGACGACAAUGACAGCUUUCGCCGCCAGAAAGAUACCCAAAUUGCUGAAGCUGCUUGGAUCCGUGCUAGGAACUUUCUCAUGGCCAACUCAUCCGUCACCACUUUCCGAAUGGCGUAUGCGUUCCAUCUCUUCAGCAACACAUGCCCCCCACUGCGUAGUCUCAACGGAGAUCUGGACGUGCUUCAGGAUGCAAUGUUCACCAUGCAAACCGGCCUACGCAUGAUGGACGAUUUGGCGACCAACUUACUGCGCCAGCAGCAUGAGGACCUCUUUGCUUUGGGCUUUAACAACGCCGAAGGUGUGCGUAUUGUUGAUGAUACCGUGCUCACGUCGGAUCCUGCAUAUCGUGCGCGGGUCGAUCGUGCCGAGGCGCUCAAGGAUGUUGCCGAGAUUCUCUUGUGGUACUCGGCCAUCUGCGACGCUGCUGCUGCCGGUGGACUCGGUCUGCCUCCGGCAGUUCGGAGCAGCACACGCGAAGAAGUUGACAUUGGUGCACUUCAGCUGUCGGCUGCUUCGCCCGUUUCUUCGAUCGCGGUACCCAGCGUACCAUUUGAUCAGAAUGGUUACAACUCGAUUACAAAUAUCUCUCCCAGCCUGACGCCGGAUCCAAAUCUCGAUCCAACCGCAAUAGGAAUUGGCAACCCAGACAUGCUGAGACUAGAUUUCGGGCUCGCAAUGCCGGCUGCCAUAGAUACAGGCUGGUCUCAGCGAAAGGAACCGUCAACAUCGAUGCUGCAGGGCAUCUCGAUGGCUACCAGCACGAACCAAGACAUGAUCUCUGCCUUGUCGAGUCCGGUGACUUGUUCCGCCAACGCCGCACAGCCUUGGUAUAUGAUUGCGCGCAGGGCAAUCCAGGUCUCGAAGCAAAUUCCGCAAAGGUUGCCUGCAAUCAUUGCGGCACCCGGAAACCCUGCUCGUGUCAAAGAGCUUCUAACGCUGUACCAAGCCGGAGUGUCGACACAGAUCAUGAUAUGGAUACGCCUUGGAAACUUUAAAGCCUGCUUGAACAAACCAGACAGCACUGCUGCAGAGCUUUCAGAACACUUCCAAAGAACGUGGUCCAUGAUCCUAUUUGUGCAGCAAGCUUUCGAGCCUCUACUCGACUUGGACUCGAGACUCUUUGUCCAAUUGCCUGCAUCGGCGCAGUCAAUGGCAACACAUCUCAUUAAUCAAGUCGGAAAGGCCUCGCUACUCUUUUUGGAGCUUUGCAGCUUUCUCGAGGGCCUUCCGUGGCUGCAGGGCUCGAAAGAUCCGUCGUGGCCCAGGGCUUCGGCCAUGCUCCAGAAUUUGCUCGAUCAAUCGCGCGAUUCGCGCAACAUUGUUCGUAGGAGGAGCGCCCUUCGCAUCGGGAGAUCCCGUCACAUGGUUGAUGAGCAAGUCGAGCGAACCCUUCGCAACGGCGGGUCGCCCCCGCACGACAAAUACAGCAGUGUGCCUUCUUCGGAUGGCGGAUCAGGCUAUAACAGCCAUCGUAGCAGCGAUGCUGGCACAGGAGAAACGCCGCACCUGCCGGACCUAUCUCGUAUCGAAGUUCCGUUGCCGCAGGAUGACAUGAUCGUGCCUGCGCUACAGAUUCACAGCAGUCGGCAUCCUGUACCCACGCAUCUGGCCUCGGUGCUGCACAUCUCAUUCUGCGCGCUUGUACCAGAUGCACUACAACAGAUCAGCCAGUACGGCGCUGCAUCGCCCUUGGUUCUCGACCUACUGGAUGCGAAUCUGCGUGGACUGCAAGGUAUUCUCGAUAGCGUCCUGAGCUUUGGACCUUUCUUCCACCGCGAGCCGGGCCUCGAAGCGCUUUUUGAAACGAGGAACUGGCUGGCUCCUGACCGUCAGCCGCUCGCUCUAGCACUACGUUGA